UGUUUGAGAGCAGCCAGUGCCAUUCAUAACACUGUUUCUGCACCCAAAAGAUGUCGACUAAACGGCCCCUGGCCACCCAUAAUCAGUGUGAAAGCACAAUUGAACAUUUACAAAGGAAAUUAUAGUGCAACAUAAGAAAAAAAGUCAGAUUUUUUUCUGUUAGAUAAAAGAAUAACAACUGAAGAAUGACAUGUGGUAAGUUGCAACUGAAGGUGCUAUUAUCCUGACGCAGUUCCACUUUAUCUGCAUUGCGUGAUAAGGCUCAUAGUCUUGUCAGCUUUCCUCUAUGGAUUUGCUUUUAAACUGUUCUGCCCCCUGCUUGAUAUUAGACAUCAUCUUAGUUUAACUGAAACCCAUCCCUUUUAAAUAUCCUCAAGACACUGCAUCCUGUCUGAACAUCCUGACGCCUGGUUCGAAAGCAGUACGUGUGAAAAGGAUCUUGGAGUUCUUGUGGACAACAAGUUAAACAUGAGCCAACAAUGUGAUGCAGCAGCUAAAAAAGCCAAUGGGAUUUUGGCCUGCAUAAAUAGGAGUAUAGUGUCUAGAAUGGGAAGUAAUGCUGCCUUUCUAUUCCACCUUGGUCAGACCACACCUGGAAUAUUGUGUCCUAUUCUGGGCACCGCUAUUGAAAGGAGAUGUUGACAAGCUGGAAGGUGGGAGGAGGGAGACUAAAAUGAUCAAGGGUUUGGAGAACAAGCCCUACAAGGAGUGGCUGGAAGAGCUGGGUAUGUUUAGCCUGCAGAAGAGACGGCUGAGAGGAGACAUGAUAGCCAUGUAUAAAUAUGUGAGGGGAAGUCAUAGGGAGGAGGGAGCAAGCUAGUUUUCUGCUGCCCUGGAGACUAGGACACGGAACAAUGGCUACAAACUACAGGAAAGGAGAUUUCACCUGAUCAUUAGGAAGAACUUCCUCACUGUGAGAGCUGUUACGCACUGAAACUCUCUGCCUCGGAGUGUGGUGGAGGCUCCUUUGGAGUCUUUUAAGCAAAAGCUGGAUGGCCAUCUGUCGGGGGUGCUUUGAAUGCAAUUUCUUGCCUCUCGGCAAGGGGUUGCAUUUGAUGGCCCAUGAGGUCUCUUCCAACUCUAUGAUUCUAUGAACACAGAAACUAUGCAAGGUCAGCCCUGCUUGGAUGGGAGACCACCAAUGAAUGCCAGGUGCUACAGGCCAUAGUUCAGAAGAAGGAAUAUCUCUGAGGUGUUACUGCCUAAAGAAAAACAUUAAAUUCAUAGGGUUGCCAGAAGUUGACAGAUGACUUCAAGGUGCACACACAGUCACCCAUACCCUUUUACAUUGGCAGAUUUUCUGAAUGCUCCUCAGUAUUAAAAAAAAAAUCCAAAGACUACAUCCUUGUACCACCAUUUCAUUCAUACCUUAAGAUCCCUUGACUUUAUCUAACUAUCCCUGUACAUGGAAGGGAACAGGUAAAGUGAUUUUUGUGAUUCUGAGUUUAACUGUCCUAUCUAGCAACAUAAUGUUUAUUUUCUUUAUGACUUCCACAGUCUCAAACUACAUUUCCCCCUGUCAUGGGUACUUAUGUUCACCAUGGUGGCUGAUUUCUCUCCAGCAUCCUAUCUAGACACAAAAGCAUGACUGACAAGAGACUAGGUCACUUCUUCAUCCUGUAUGAUGCAUAAUGCUAAGCAACCAUCCAACCAAGAUUAAAGCAAUAUUAAGUUCCACUAACCUUAGGGAGUGAAAAAAGCCAUAAGUUUUCAAGCCACAAGAGGACUAUAGGGGGAAAAAAACAACAGAAAUAUGAUAGGAUUUCACAGUGAACUUUUUAAUGGAAUAAUCUCUGUCCAAAAACAAAUGAGGCUGUACACAUGCUGUCUUUAAGUUUCUCACAUAGACUGGAGAGAGAGAAAAUAAUCCAAGAAUUAGGGCAAAGUUUUGGCUCAAAUACUACUUCUAGACAACUUUUUGGGUCACAGUGGCUUGAAGUUCUUCCAUCUGCAUUCUUCAGGCUGGCUCCACUCACUAUAGCUAGUUCCAGUUCUCAAAAACAUUCUAAUUGGUUUCAUAUUUAUUCAGUUUUUGCCUUAUAUAUAGCUAGUAAGAGCCUAAGGGAACUCACAUCUGCUAACAGACUGGGUGUUUGCACUAAUCACCUAACAAGCAAGUGAGCAUCUGCAAGUGAACAGGUGCCUUGCAUUUCCUACCCCCUUCUGAGGUGAACAGGGAUCUCUUCUCUCCAACCUGCCGAAGAUGAAUAAAAUAAUUGUUUAUGAACAUGAAGACUUCAAUGGACUUCGUAAAGAAUUCAUUUCAGAUGUUCCUGACCUAGGAAGUGUGGAUUUUGGAGAUUGUAUUUCAUCCCUGAAGGUGAUUGGGCAACCUUGGCUGGCCUUCCGCGAUGCCAACUACCAAGGGCCUCCUGCUGCAUUUGAGGAAGGGGAGUACAAGCACAUCCCCUUAAAUAAUCAGAUUUCUUCUCUCCGGUUAGUGACUGAAGACUUGGAAAAUCCUCAGAUCACGCUUUAUCAGAAUAAAAAAUUUGAAGGGGAGAGCAAAGUGAUAACAGAGGAAACCAACCUGACUUACGGAUAUUUCAAUAACAAGGCAUCUUCCCAUAUUGUCCAGAGAGGGGCCUGGCUACUCUAUGAAAAUGCCAAUCGAAGUGGCUGGUUCUGUAUAGCUCGGGAAGGAACAAAAAAUCCCGAUUAUGGCCCAAUAUUCAAUUUCCACGAUAAGUGUUCCCAUGUAUAUCCCCUUAAAGCCGGUCGGCCUGUUAUCACCACCAAGAUCUUAUGGGAUCGCAAAAAGGUAGAAAGCGAGAGUGAAGUGUUGAUCGAUGAAUUCAGUGGCAUUAAUGCCACAGAUUAUGAGCAAACAUUCACCAGUAGCAACAGCAGAGUCUAUGAAGCAGCCACGAGCCACAGUUUUAAAUUUUUGGUGCCCAACUUGCACAUAGAUGAGAAAUUUAACUUAUCCAUAGAUCCAAACACAACCAUCACAGUGGAGAAAGGAAAACCAGAGUCUACUCUCACUGUAGAUAAAGUUGAGGUGACUGUGCCGGUCAAGAUCCCACCACAUUCAGAACUGAAUGUCCAGGUGAUGAGGAAGCUAGUCACAGCCUCCGCUCCUGUGGAAAUAAGCAUUACCAGGAAUGGGAAGAGAAAGACCGAGAUUGGAGAGUAUCGAAGUGUGUCAGGGCGUAGCAUUAAUACUAAGUAUGUUGUUAAGCCAAUUGAGAUGAAAAAGCAAAUAUAGACUCAAUAUACAUUGAGCCCUCCAUAUUCACAGAAGAUACCAUCCUUUUUUAGCUAAAAAGAAGAAGAUACAAUUCUGGCUGGACUGCGGUUUCUCUCGAAUCCAUGGAUACAACUGAAUGGUAUUAAAUUAUAUAAUUUGCAUUCCCAGCAUACUAUACAGUUGCAUUGGAAGACUUAGAGAUUUCUAGAUCACUCUUUAGGAAUAUUUUCCUCCAAUGCAACUCUAUUGCAACUUUGGGAUGAUGCAUACCAUAGAAUCGCCUGGAAGACCAAGUAAAUUCCUUGACAAACAAUUUCCCUCCAGGUGCAAGUAAGUGAAAUCACAAAUAUGAGUUACAGCAUUACAGGGUCUUGCUGUACUAUCAUGUCAGCUUUUCAUUUUUGUUUGUAGUUGAGCAUCCAAAAUUGUGACUAUACUUAUCCUGAAGUGCAUUUAUCUACAUUUAAUCCAUUAUAUACUCUACUCCAAAAUUGUUAAAGUUUUAUCUGUUGAAAUGUGCCAAUUUUAAAUAUUGGACUCCACUUUAGCCUAAAUGUGUACUCACCAGUAAGGCAACCAAGAGCCACUUAGGGCCUGGCGAAGUCUAUGUGUGUCUCCAAGUGGGGAUGCUAGGUUUUCAAACAGCAAUAGGUAGGUACAGCUCAUUAAUGGCUCAGCUGGCUCAUUGCUGGGCCAGCUCAUUAAUGGCUCAUAUAUACACGAGACAAGUCUGUAUAAAGCCUACUUCAAGUCUUGUGAGAUAUAGUGCUCUUAUGAAAGUUUCAGGCUUGCAAAUAGAUUUUCUGGAUGCCUGGAACCUUCUGGGGAUAGGGGGAGGAAGGGAGGAGGCAACUUUCCUUUUAUGAGGCCUGAGAAGUCUAUGUGGAAUUUCCCCAUGUAUGACUUGCUUCAAUCAGCUUCACUGAUAGAACUGAGAGAAGAAAUAACAGACCUGAGCUGUUCCCACAAUCGAUGGACCCAAAUGGCAUUUGGUAUGCAUUCGAGGUCAAUUUGCAGCAUAUCAAAUAUUUGCAGGCUGCUCUGUGUGAGUGUGGUUGAUGGAUGUUUUUCCUAUUCUCACCAGAUCAAAACAUAUGGGUGUUGGGGUGGCUUUGCCUCAAAGGCAUGCAACAUAGUUGGCCUCUUGAUUCACCCAACAGCUCUGCACACUGGUGGAGAGCCUGCUGAGAGGAUAUUAUUGAAAUGCAUUCUGGCAAGCACACCUUUACUAGUUUUAUCUCUCUCUCUCUCCCCCCCCCCCUUUAUGCUGUCUGUGUUGGAAAUAGCAACCUUCUUCAAGCUCCACUAGUAAUUCGUUUAUACAGUAUAUGAUUCUGCUUACUGUAUUGUAUAUGUAUGUUUUGAUAUGCAGCUUUCUCUUUACUCUAUGCUUGUUGAGGUUGUGGGUGGGGCUGCAGACCACAUGAUCAGAUCUGGAACUACUCUGAGCUCAGACUCCAUUUUAGACUUAAGACUCCAUUACAGCAAAGAUGUUAGACUCCGUUAGAGCAUAGACGUCAUGAGACUCCAUCAAAGCAGAGACGCCAUGAGACUGGACUGUUAAGAGCAAACUCAUGUUGCUCUUGAUUGUAAGAAAGAUGUCCUGUAUUAUCUACACAGAGAAACUACUUCAAACCUAUCUGUAACUGGAUUGACAAGUUAUGUACCUGUAUGCUGAAUACAUGAAGGUUGUGAGUAAACCAAAUAUGUUACUUUUAACGAAAUCUACUUUAAUUUUGUCUCUUGAGGGCAUGAUAUAGAAACAAGGUAUUUUAUGGGAGAGUAGAUGAUUUUGGGCACUGAAAAGAACACUGCAAAGAACUGCUAUAUUUUGUGCAUUGGCAUAAUCUCUGUUCCUAACAGAUUAGAGAUGACGAUAACCUAGUCAUCUCUAAUCUGUUAGGAACAGAGAUUAUGCCAAUCUAACAACUGAAAACCAAAUUGCCUUGAAUUAGGACAUGUGGUUAUAUACCAAUAAAGAGAAGAUUUUACUCAAA